AUGCUGCUCAGCUCAUAUAGCACUAAGCCAGCAUCAGCGACCAAGCAUAUGCAUCAGAAGAAUCAACCAGAUAGCUGUGGAGCGGAGAACGAACAGCCGAGCUCACAGGAAGUGGUGGCCAGCCAUGGCGAAACGAGUGAUGAAGGACCAGAAAGGACAAUGAUGCCUGGCUCAGACACUGAAGACAGUAUUGUUGCCAAAGUUUUGCUACAACCAUUGGGGCCAGCUACGGAUUCACUACAGGCUAAUAUGGGACAUGAAAUGCUAUCUGAGAAAGGAACGCUAUACGACAUUCGGUUUCGAAACAGUGGAAAGCUGGAGGAAAUCGAAAAGGCAGUCGGGUAUCACGAUCGGGCACCGGAUCUAACUCCUGAUGUGCAACCGUACUUACCAGAUCAACAUGCUAGUUUGGGAUUGUCGCACAACAACAGAUAUAAACGCACCGGCAAGGUGGCGGACCUGGUCAAGGCAAUCGAAUACUUUACUCAUGCAAUAGACCUGACUCCUGACGGCCAUCCGGACUUACCGGACCGACAUGCCAGUCUGGGAGUGUCAUACACCGAUCGAUAUCGACGCACGGGCGACGUGGCGGACUUAGUCAAGGCAAUCAAAUGCAAUACUCAUGCCCUCGCCCUCACUCCUGACGGCCAUCCGCGCUUGCCAGACCGACAUGCCAAUCUGGGAAUUUCAUACGGCGAUCGAUAUCGACGCACGGGCGACGUGGCGGACCUGGUCAAGGCAAUCGAAUGCUUUACUCGUGCACUGGACCUCACUCCUGACGGCCAUCCAGACUUGCCAGACCGACAUGCCAGUCUGGGAGUGUCAUACGCCGAUCGAUAUCAGCGCACGGGCGAGGUGGCGGAUCUGGCCAAGGCAAUCGAAUGCAACACUCGUGCACUGGACCUGACUCCUGACGGCCACCCAUCCUUGUCAGACCGGCAUGCCAAUCUGGGAAUUUCAUAUGGCGAUCGAUAUCGACGCACGGGCGACGUGGCGGACCUGGCCAAGGCGAUUGAAUGCAAUACUCAUGCCCUCACCCUCACUCCUGACGGUCAUCCACGUUUGCCAGACCGACAUGCCAGUCUAGGGGUGUCAUACGGCGAUCGAUAUAAACGCACGGGCAACGUGGCGGAUCUGGCCAAGGCAAUCGAAUGCGACACUCGUGCACUGGACCUCACUCCUGACGGCCACCCAUCCUUGCCAGACCGACAUGCCAGUCUGGGAGCGUCAUAUGGCGAACAGCAUUGGCGCAUGGGCGAGAUGGCUGACCUAGGCAAGGCAAUCGAAUGCUUCACUCUUGCGCUCGACCUCACUCCUGACGGCCAUCCAGACUUGCCAGACCGACAUGCCAAUCUGGGAGUAUCAUAUGGCGUGCGAUAUCAACGCACGGGCGAGAUGGUAGACCUAGGCAAGGCAAUCGAAUGCUUAACUUGGGCACUCGACCUCACUUCUGACGGUCAUCCAGACUUGCCAGACCGACAUGCCAGUCUGGGAGUGUCAUAUGGCAAUCAAUAUCGACGCACGGGCGACGUGGCGGACCUGGCCAAGGUCAUCAAAUGCUUCACUCUGGCACUCAAUCUCACUCCGGACGGCCAUCCAGACUUGUCAGACCGACACGCCAGUCUGGGAGUGUCAUACUCCGAUCGAUAUACACGUACGGGCGAGGUGGCGGACCUGGCCAAGGCAGUCGAAUGCAAGACUCGUGCACUCGACCUCACUCCUGACGGCCAUCCACGCUUGCCAGACCGACAUGCCAGUCUGGGAGUGUCAUACACUGAUCGAUAUCGACGCACGGGUGACGUGGCGGACUUGGCCAAAGCAAUCGAAUGCAAGACUCGCGCACUCGACGUAACUCCUGACAGCCAUCCAUCCUUGGCAGACCGACAUGCCAGUCUGGGAGUGUCAUACUCAGAUCGAUAUCGACGCACGGGCGACGUGGCGGACCUGGUCAAGGGAAUCGAAUGCUACACUCGUGCACUCGACCUGACUCCUGACGGCCACCCAUCCUUGGCAGACCGACAUGCCAGUCUGGGAGUGUCAUACUCCGAUCGAUAUACGCGCACGGGCGACGUGGCGGACCUGGUCAAGGCAAUCGAAUGCAACACUCGUGCACUCGACCUCACUCCCGACGGCCAUCCACGCUUGCCAGACCGACAUGCCAGUCUGGGAGUGUCAUACACCGAUCGAUAUCGACGCAUGGGUGACGUGGCGGACCUGGCCAAGGCAGUCGAAUGCAACACUCUUGCACUCGACCUAACUCCUGACGGCCAUCCAUCCUUGGCAGACCGACAUGCCAGUCUGGGAGUGUCAUACUCCCAUCGAUUUAAACGCACGGGCAAGGUGGCGGACCUGGUCAAGGCAAUCGAAUGCUACAUUCGUGCACUCGACCUGACUCCUGGCGGCCACCCAUCCUUAGCAGACCGACAUGCCAAUCUGGCAGUAUCAUACUCCCAUCGAUAUAAACGCAUGGGCGAGGUUGCGGACCUGGCCAAGGCGAUCAAAUGCAACACUGAUGCACUGGACCUGACUCCUGACGGCCAUCCAUCCUUGGCAGACCGACAUGCCAGUCUGGGAGUGUUAUACACCGAUUUACAUGAACGCACGGGCGAGGUGGCGGACCUGGCCAAGGCAAUCGAAUGCAACACUCGUGCCCUAGACCUGACUCCUGACGGCCAUCCACGCUUGCCAGAACGACAUGCCAGUCUGGGAGUGUCAUACACCAAUCGAUAUCGACGCUCGGGAGAUGUGGCGGACCUGGCCAAGGCAAUCGAAUGCUUUACUCGUGCACUGGACCUCACUCCUGACGGCCAUCCAGACUUGCCAGACCGACAUGCCAGUCUGGGAGUGUCAUACGCCUAUCGAUAUAAACGCACGGGCCAGAUCGCAGACCUGGCCAAGGCAAUGGAAUACGACACUCGUGCACUAGACCUUACUCCCGACGGCCAUCCCGAUUUGUCCGAACGCCACUCCCACUGGGCCUACAUCUCACAUCUCCGCUACCAGCAUACUCGUGACUCAUCCCACCUUGCCACCUCUCUUCGCUCUUUUCGCAUGUCCUCUCAGCUCCUCACUGGCCCACCCCGUGUUGUAUUUCGCAAUGCCCACCGUUGGGCAGCCCUCGCGUCCAAGCACCCCUAUCUCAGCCCCAUCGAAGCCUUCCGUGCAACCAUCGACCUUCUCCCCCACUACAUCUGGCUUGGCUCCACUAGUGCUCAGCGCUACCAAGACUUGUCAGUGACUAAGAAUCUUGCCAUACGAGCUGCGUCUACUGCCAUCCAGACUUCCGAGUACGGGCUGGCACUGGAGUGGCUGGAGCACGCACGAUGCGUGGUAUGGAACCAGAGUCUGAUGCUUCGCACUCCUCUGGAUGACCUGACGGCGCUCCACCCCGACCUUGCAUCUCAGCUGCAGCAGACUUCCCAUGAGCUUCACCAGGCAGCUUCUGGAGCCUCUCCAUCUGGCGGUGAUCCAUCUGGCACCCAUACCCCAGAGCGUCGCCAUCAUUUGGCUGAACAAUACGCCAAGCUACUAGAGCAGGUACGCCAGCAUCGUGGGUUUGAGCACUUUCUGCUGCCCAUCAAAUUCGAUCGUCUCCUUCGCGCUGCUCGAUAUGGGCCUGUCGUGGUCAUCAACUGUCACGAAGCUUACUGUGACGCUCUUUUCAUCUUGCCCGGACGCGAUCAUGUCAGUCAUCUUAGCCUUCCCAAGUUUGAUCAGCAGAAAGCGCAAAAGGCUCGGUCGGAAAUAGAACGACUGCUUCGAGAUAAAGGCAUUCGGGAGCGUACGUACAGGAUCAAGUUUCGUCGACUGGGAGACACCGAGCCAGACGCUGGACCUGUGCUUGCCUCGUUGUGGCAUGAUGUGGUGAGGCCGGUGCUUGAUCAUCUGGGCUACAUGAACGACCAUUCGAGUGGUGCUCUACCUCAUAUCACUUGGUGUCCCACCGGCAUCAUGUCCUUCUUGCCAUUACAUGCAGCCGGGGACUACGACCAGCCGCGGUCAAGAGUGUUCGAUUACGCGAUCUCUUCAUAUACCCCCACUCUCGCCGCUCUCCUUAGCUCUGGUCCGCGACCGCUCAACCAGGCUACUAAAGUACUUGCUAUCGGUCAGACUAACACACCCGGCUGUAGCUCGUUGCCUGGCACCGCUGAGGAGCUGGCCUACCUGGAAUCUCAUACCAGAGGCAAAGCCAGCUACUCGCAGCUAGUCGAGCACGAAGCGACGGCUACGACUGUGCUGAAUGCGAUGGAACAGCAUGACUGGGUGCACCUUGCCUGCCAUGCUCACCAGAACCUGAAAGACCCAACGCAGAGCGGGUUCUACUUGCACGGCGGCACUCUCGACCUUCCAGCCAUUAACCAGCGGACGUUCCGGAACAAGGGGCUUGCAUUUCUAUCCGCCUGUCAGACUGCCGCAGGGGACAAGGAGCUGCCGGACGAAGCGAUACAUCUGGCCUCGGGAAUGCUGAUGGCGGGAUAUCCGAGCGUGAUUGCGACGAUGUGGUCUGUGAUGGAUGAGGAUGCGCCGUUUGUAGCGGACAAGGUGUAUGCACGGCUGAUGCAGGAUGGACAGGUGGGGAGCGGAGAAGCGGGAAAGGCACUGCACGAUGCUGUGGCGGGGCUGCGUGAGAAGGUCGGGGAGAAGGAGUUUGCUCGAUGGCUCAUCAGUCAGGAUGUUCAUGAAGGCUAUCAGAUUUCUACUACGAUAAGCUCAACUACAAACCCUGUCCGACCCCGUUGCCAGCACCGACGACGUAACUCCUUGACUCCAUCUGUGCGGCGCGAGCAGCCACAGCUAGGCUCAUCUCCGCUCGCUGGCGCGCCGUAUUCACCCGAUGGCACUGGUAAUGCCGUGGAACACACAAGCGCACUCGAAGAAGAGAUCGAACGCAGACGGUCCGUGCUGCCGGGAAUAAACACCGAUGACCUUGCACGACUUGCCAUGUUGUCGCCGUCUACUCCCGCCUUGUCCUAUUCUUCAUCCCCAAGCCCCUCUCGUCAAGGCAGCAUCGAGCCAAACACAGAACAUCAGGGACCCCGACGCGCCCGCCCCUCGUUCAUAUCCUUGGCGCCGCAAAAGAGCUAUGAAUCACUUGCACCUCCUACUCCGACCUCGCCUACCCUACGCGCCAGACAUUCAUCGCCGCACCUCGCCGUCGAAGCAAAGUCAAGCCCACCACAUGCCACUCCCACCUCGUCCCCAGGUCCCGCAACUGCAAACUGGAUGACAGCGGCGGCUAGUCCUUCGUUCUCUCGGAUAGCCGCUCGCGGUUCUGGAAUUACAUUACCAGUCAAGGCGUCGAGUCGGGCAGGACAGCAGAUCAGAAUGAGGUCGGACCCGAGCCGACCUGCGACAAGCGCGGUUUUAUCGAGUGCUGAGCCCCAAAGUCUACCGAAGCCCCGGUCGCUGAACUCGCUCCGGUCAAUGAGCCGGCUUCUCCGGGUGAACGGGGCAACCGUUAACGACAAGGACGCCCUGACGGUGUCUGAUUCACGCCCGUCUCCGGGGUGUCAAUCGCGAGCAAGCUCGUUCAGAUCGGGAGUAUCUCAUGAAGAGGUCGAAUCUCGCCGACAUACGCCUCAUUCGUCCGGCCCUGCGACGCCCGACAGUUCGACUAACUACGAGCAACGACCUGUGCCUGCGGUGGCGGAGUCAUCCCGGUUCUCUGAAGACGCAGAGAUGGAAGGUACACAAGUGCAGCUCAAGCUCGAAAGCGAAGGGAGACAGAACCGGGUGAAACGGCUAUGGUCGAAAGUUCGGAGAUGGCGUGGACAUUGA